CGACGUGGAGAAGAGCAAAACCUGAUUCCAGCUUCCUGGAUUUCCUUCAAAACAAAGCUGCACUGGAGAGGCCGCAUGGACUUCAGUCAGACACUCUGAAGAAUCUUUAACCGCCUAAACAAACUCUGCAGACUCGGACUGUUGUGUGUCCGUAUAUGUGUGUGUCUGUGUGUGUGCGUCUGCGCCUCUGAGCCAUGGCCUUGUUUCUACUCGGAAGACGUUUGUUCGUGUGCAGACGAGACUUCGGGAGAACAGGGACUCGAACAAACUGCUCUUCAGUGACCUCAGGCAAACGGCCUGUUAACGGAGUGGAUCUGUACUACGAGCAGACGGGCAGAGGGAAACACGCCGUGCUGCUGUUUCCUGGGGCUCUGGGAAGCACAAAGACAGACUUUGGUCCUCAGCUGAAAUCUCUGGAUAAGGAGCGCUUCACCGUGGUCGGCUGGGACCCGAGAGGUUACGGACGUUCCCGUCCCCCAGACAGAGACUUCCCCCCGGACUUCUUUGAGAGGGACGCAAAGGAUGCGGUGGAUCUGAUGAAGGCUCUGGGCUUUGGGAGGUUUUCUCUGCUGGGCUGGAGCGACGGAGGAAUCACAGCUCUGAUCGCGGCAGCGAGGAACCCCGACACGAUCCGCAAGAUGGUCGUGUGGGGAUCGAAUGCGUUCGUUUCCCAGGAAGACCUAAAGCUUUACGACGCGGUCCGUGACGUCUCCAGGUGGAGCCCACGGAUGAGGCAGCCCAUGGAGGAGGUGUACGGAGCGCACGUCUUCGCUAAAACGUGGGAGGCCUGGGUGGAUGGAAUUGCACAGUUUGCCGACAGACCAGAAGGGAGCAUCUGCAUGGAGCUUCUGCCUCUCAUUAAGUGUCAAACCCUCAUUAUCCACGGAGAGAAAGAUCCCAUGGUGCCCAGCUUCCACCCUCAGUACCUCCUCAAGCACAUCAAAGACUCACGAUUACAUCUAAUGCCAGAGGGAAAACACAAUCUCCAUCUGAGGUACGCGGAUGAAUUCAACAAACUGGUGGAAGACUUUCUGGAAGAGUCGAAUGGCUGAUCUGAUUUGAUGUGGAAAAUUAGGAGGAAUAUUACUUGAAAUUGUCGACAUCAACAGGAAAUCACAGCUCAAAACAAUUCAAUAUACACAGUACGUUAACUAUAUAAUAUUAUAAUCAUUUUUUUAAUUAGAUUUAUAUGAUGCAAGUAGGGAAAUCUUUGCCCUUGAUGUUAAAUAAAAAUGUACACCUAUGGCAAACAGCAGUA